AUGGCUGAAGUCCAAUCCCAGCUGCUGCUCCGGAAAAAGAUGAAAGAAUUAUACAAGAGAUGGAACAUACGUCCGUGGACUCGGUAUGCGCCUUGGGUUCAGCUGCCAGUAUGGCUGACGAUGAUGGAGAGCAUCAGACGGAUGGUUGGAAUGUCUGGUGGCUUGUUAAACAUAAUUCAGUCGUGGGUAGAAAAGCACCCGGAGGCACCAAAGGUUCCUAUAGUUCAAUCGUUGUCUACUGAAGGUGCUUUAUGGUUCCCCGAUCUUCUAGUGGCUGAUCCCAAUGGAGUGCUUCCAGCAAUCCUCGCUGCGACUGUAUUUACAAACGUGACGUGGGGAUGGAAAACACAAUCUCCAGAAGAAAUCUCAAAAAUGGUCCUGAGGAAAGAGAGAAUCAAAGCACGUGGGUUGGGAAUCUUAAAGCGAACUUUUCAGGCUUCAGCCCUGCUUUUAUGGCCUGUUAUGACCAUGUCAGAAGUCCCUGCUGGGAUGUUGAUAUACUGGAUCUCGAGUACCCUCUUUGCGACAGCGCAAACGAGAAUUCUGCCUAAGAUAAUCGCGGCGAAGCCAACUCCGACACCUUGCAAAGAAAAGGUAGUUCCCGUGAAUUUCAAGUUGGAACCGGAGCCAGGGCCUCAAAACCCGGAAACGCUCAGGAAGCCGAGCAAGAUCAGAAAAUUGACUGGCUGA